GAGAACCUCGGAAAUCACAAAGUCCACCGUUUUAACGGGCCUGAAACAUAAGGAUUUUUAUACUAACUAACUGCACCAGCUAUCAUUAUAGAACACCGAUAAAUUAUUUAUUUUGUGAAAGCUUCGAAUUUUUCAAAACCUCGGAUCAUUUGUUGAAUCGAUUGUCCCACUGGCGAUAUCAUUUUCUCGUUUUUUAUCUGAGAGAGACCAAAAUCUCCGAGUAUGUUUUGUCUGCAAAUCUAACACAACAUCCGUUUUCUGUGCUGCUUCUUCCGAUUAGCUGGCUAACACGAAGCUCUCAUGUUGUAGCUCGUUUGCCCUUAGAUAACUGAUCUUACAGUGCUUUGUAGUAAAAAAAAAAAACACAAAUAUGGCAGAAGCAAUUCAAAAGAAAUUGAAAGCAGAAGUGGAGAAGUACGCACAGAUGCAGAAAGAUGUUAGCAAGAGCAUGUCAGCCAGACAGAAGCUGGAGACGCAGCUGACAGAAAACAACAUCGUCAAAGAGGAGCUCGACAUGCUGGACAGCUCCAACAUGGUUUAUAAGCUUAUAGGUCCUGUGUUGGUGAAGCAAGACGUGGAUGAGGCUAAAGCCACAGUGGCGAAAAGACUGGAGUAUAUCAACGGGGAAAUUCAGAGGUAUGAAUCCCUCCUGAAAGAGAUGGAGAAGAAAUCCGAAAAGCACAGAGAGGUCCUUUCCAGUUUACAGCAGGAGUUCCAGAAAGCUCAGGGACUGGCUCGCUGAAAACUGAACAUGCCGCCUGAUUCUCCCCACACACACACACACACACCAAACACCACACACCACACACAUGCUUGCACACAAUAGAGGCAGAUGAAAAGAUGUGACGGAAAAAUGAUGAGGAAAAAUCUGGUUGUAUCUCACCUUUAUUGUCCAGUGUUCAUAUGUGACUUCUUUCUUGUUAUUAAUAAACAUGUUUUUCAUGAAUGCUAGUCUUUAUUUUGCCCUUAUUGU